AUGACCAAGGAGAUUCAAUACGCCCUAUACGUCAUUCUGGGUGGCUACCUGUCGGACAGGUAUGUCUGUCGGCUGACGAAAGGCGGUGACCCGAGACAGAACACAGCACGUCAUUCAACAACGCCCAAGACUGAGAAAGAACAGGACGCUUUGUGUGUAUCAUCUGUAUCUUGUCUAAUUACAAUCAUGGCGCUUGUUGAACUUCUCGGAGAAAGUUUGCAGAAGAAAGCGAAAGACGACGAGAAGUUACCGACCAGUAGCCUGGCCGGGGAAGGCCGGUUCGUCGGUCUGUACUUCUCCGCACACUGGUGCCCCCCUUGUCGCCUUUUUACCCCGGAACUUGUCAACUUCUACAACGACUUCAAGGCGAAGGGCACUUUAGAGAUUGUGUUCGUCUCGUCUGACGCAGACCAGGGCAGCUUCGACGGGUACUUCGGCAGUAUGCCCUGGCUAGCAGUCCCGUAUUCGGAUAGGCAGAGAAAGGCAGAGCUGACUAGAACGUUCGACGUGAAGGGCAUCCCUACCCUGGUUAUCCUGAAGGCCGAUACGGCGGAGGUCGUCACGAAGAGGGGGCGGGACCGCGUCAUGAAGGACCCGACAGGACAGGACUUCCCCUGGGGAUAGAGCUAUAUUCAUGUAACUCGUACUCAAAACAAACUUUUCACAGUAAAAACUCUGUCAUAUUUCCUGAAAAUGUUUUGCAUUGACAUCAUCAUCAUCGUCUCAAGGUGUUAUUCUUUCCUUGGAACCCCCGGGUCUACCUUGACGAAAUUCAACAAAAUUCUAGUGAAUGAACCUUGUUUCUAGUAAUGUUGUAUGAAGUAUACCUGUAAAAUUGCUAAGUAUACGAUGGAAUAAAAUGGCUAUAUGUACAAAUAGAAUUGCACGUGUA